AUGCCGGAAAGCGAGGGAAAAGCCGAUGCUCGAAUCUCCGGAGAAUUUGAGCGAAAAUGGCAAAACGCUGGGAUCUCUGUCUCCACAUUGAAGAAGGAGAAGACGCAGAGAUCAUCGAGCAGUUCUUGGGUGCCUGAAGAGUCCUUCAAGAACACCAAUGCAAAUUGCACUGACAAAGACCAGCAGCAACUUCCCGCUUACGAUCCUCUUUCCCACGUCGCCAAGAAGGAGAGGUCUCGUCUCAGAUCUGCAGAGAACGCAAUCCAUCUCAUCCCUCUUGUUCUCGUUCUCUGUGCCAUUAUCCUUUGGUUCUUCUCCAACCCAGGAAGAGCACAAAAUUAUUUGGUCCUUCGGAUCCAACUCUUCAAUCGUUAUUUCAUCUCACCCAUCAUAUUGAUGGAUAGGACAGAAGUUGUGAUUGCUGACUUACCUAGAUAUUUACAUGUGGGUUUUGAUUCUUAAUCAAUUAAUUUCCCAAUGGCUGGUUCAUCUGUUCUACAUUCUAAUGAUGUCAAAAAGGCUUUGAAGAAUUAGAUCUCUAUGAUAUGUGGUUCUUACUUCACUUCAUAUUGCAGAAACCGAUUUUUUUGUUGACAACCCAAUUUCUUGGGUUUUCACUUUAUAUGUGGCAAAUGUUAUUGUUAUUGUUAUGAAUUGAUCAAUUAUAUAAUUGUUUUAUAAUUAAAAUCCAUGUUUUUUUUGAAGAAAUAUAUUUAAUUUACCAGAUAAUAUUAGAUUUAGAAAAGAGAAUGUACCCUUUCCCAACUCACUUGCCAUUCCAAGAGAAGAUAUCAGUUAGAUACACAUGUAAAUUACUAUCAGGUCCCUAUAGUUUGUCAAAAUUAACAACUUAUAUUUUUAAAACGCAAUUAAAACUUCCUCGUAUUUUGUAAAAUCAAACUUUUUAGUCCCUUUAUUAGAUUGCUGUCAAAGAAAACAUUAGUCAACUUGUUUUAGUCUUGGUCAAAGGGACGAAAUAGUAUGGAUCCUUAAAAUUAUAAGGACUAAACAGUAUAAAUAUUAAAGGCCAAAAUAAGUUAACUAACGCUUUCUUUGACAAAAGGACUAAAGAUUUUGAUUUAAAAAAAAAAGAAUGUUUUAAUUGAGUUUUUAAAAAUAGGGACUAAGUAAUUAAUUUUGACAAAUUACAACUAAGUUUAUUAACUGAUACUUAUAUAAUGUAACAUUUGCUGUGUUGGAUUAUUUUCUAAUCACAUAGCUCAUCUAUUUU